AUGCUCGAUGACACGGUGGCGGUGUUUCAUCUCGGGGUAGUCACAUCCUGUCCCCAACACACGUUAUUUUGCUCCAUUUCCAGCACAAAGCAAUCGGCCAGACACUAUUGGAUGAAGUGUGUCGUCAUCUAAAUCUCCUGGAAUGUGACUAUUUUGGGCUGUCUUUCAUUGACAUCAAUGGUAACCAUGUACGACAAAAAUUAUAUUGUUUUUGAUCUCCCCCAAAUGUUAAUUGUUCUCAGUGCUGGCUGGAUCGUGAAAAGACAAUAUUACGGCAAAUUACGAACGGGUCAACAGAUGCAAAAUUUUAUUUUAUUGUCAAGUUCUACACGCCGAAUCCGAUUGAUUUGGAGGAGGAGUACACCAGGUGAGGGGCGCAUUUCGUUUGAUUUUCCAACUCCCGUCCGUCCGUCAAGGCUCGCCGUCACUUCACUUCUCAAUUUCUCACUUUUGUGCCCGGUGCCCGCAUUUUUCAUAAGCCUGUCACACGCCGAAAUGACAAAUGGCAAAUGCAAAUUCGUAUGAGUCGAGCGACGUGUGUGCGUGUGUGUAUGAGCCCCGCGGAGAGAAAGAGAGGGAGCUGGGGGAGAGUGUGCCAGCACAAAAAAUGUACGCAGAGCCAAGAAGUGAGUGGGAGAUAGAGAUGGGAAAGCGAUGGUGGUGGCGCGGCAAAGGACCCGUGUUGAAAAAUGACAGCUGACAUGAAUCCGACCUAGGACACAAAGGCAACGACUAAUUUCAACUAGUCGUUGGAAUAGAGUGGUGGUACAUUUCAUUUUUGACAUGGGUUUAUGGCUUUUUGGUCAGGCGGAUGGAUGUUGAACGGAUAUGAGCACUGACAAAUGGGAACGUGAUCUUGAUUUCAGGUAUCUGUUCACUAUGCAAAUCAAACGGGAUCUCGCACUGGGAGAAUUGCACUGCAGCGAUAAUACGGCUUCUUUGUUGUCUGCCUACCUCGUUCAAGUAUGACAUUUCGAAAUCCACUUGAGAAUAGAAGAACUCAUUUCAGUCUGAAUGUGGAGAUUUCUCAUCCGAAGACUACCCAGAUGCCACGUACCUCUCACACUCCCGAUUUGUGCCCAGCCAAACGCUCGAAUUCCAGAAGAAGGUGAUGGAUAACCACCGGAACUUUAUGUAAUUAGCCUAGCCGUUGACUUUGUUAAAAAUAUGAGGUUUUCAGUGGAAUGACUCCAGGAGAAAGUGACUUGGCAAUGUUGGAAGUGGCGAGAAGGUGCGACUUCUACGGUGUGAAACUGCACGGAGCAAAAGACAUUGAUGGAAAUGAUGCUGCUCUUUCUGUCAUGCAUCUUGGAAUCAAGGUUUUCCGGCAGCUCCAACUGGAUACUACGUUUUCUUGGGCAAGAAUCAGGAAGCUGAGCUUCAAGAGGAAGAAAUUGCUUGUCAAGCUGCAUCCCGACAGCUAUGUGAGUUAGAAUGCUCCAUUUGAAACAAACAAAACCAACUUUUCAGCAAUAUCUAAAAGAAACGGUAGAGUUCUCUUUUGACACUCGCGAUGAAUGCAAAAAUUUCUGGAAAAAGUGCGUAGAACAUCAUGCCUUCUUCCGAUGUGUUCAAGCAGAAGAGCCAAGGAAAGAGACUCGAUUUUUCAUCAGCAAAGGAUCAUCCUUUAGGUUGAGUAAAGUAAAUCGUUAUAAAAUUGAAAUUUCUGUCUCAGGUAUCACGGACGGACACAGAAACAAUUGAUAGACUACGUGAGGGAGCAUCACAAGCGGAGAGAACCAUUCACCAGGUAUUUUGAAAUUCUUUUUGUGAAUUCUGCAAAAUGACAUUCAGGCCUCUUCGGUCGGCGGCUUCAACACGAAAAGGAACAUAUUCCUCCACCUACGGACUCGUCUCGGAUCGGCCAACCAAGCACCGAAACGGAUCCGUUUACGAACCAAACCAAUCAGACACGUAUGGUAAACACCAGCAGAAUACGCAUUCUUCAAUGCCCCACAUCGCCCACAUCUCGUCACAGCCGGUCGAUCACUCGUUCUCAGGUACCUUAGAUGCUCGUGUCGGUACAUCAGUGACACGUGACCCCUCUUCCUCGAUUACCCAUUAUCGUCCCAGACAGUUGAAACGAAGUGAACGUUGUAUUUCGGACGUUGAUUCGGUCGAAAGACCACAACGUUCCAAUAGACCUGCUUCUAACGCUAUUGUUGUUUCCUCUACCAACUCGAAAGAGCAACCUGACUUGUCUGUAUCUCUACCCAAUGUACUGAGUGAUGAUCUUCAAAUAGCGUGCAAAGAGAUCGAAUUGGAGCAGAAGGAUCCACCGAAAUCCGUCUCCGGUGACAACUUCCAAGAAAGAAGGUCCAGCCGUGACUACGACAACGUUAGUGAAGACUCCUACCGACUUUCUGAUCACGAAAGAAGUACAAGGUCAGAAGUAGGUGUCGGAUCGAAAUACGCCGCCGCAACCAUUUUCAAUUCCACGUUUGUAGCGAGAAAACCAGGCAGCAAUGUAGUCAAACGAGUUGUGGCUCACAGUAAGAGUACGCCAAACUCAACGGAUGACGAAGAAGGUGCUCUCAAGUCAGCUUCCGAGUACCAAACUUUCCGUCACAUAAAAGAAUAUCCGUUUGCCAAGAAUGCAAAUAUAGUUCCUAUUGAAAUAGAUGGACCUAAUGUAGAUAUAUCGGCCAGAAGAUCGCCUGCAGCCGUCAGUACCACCAGAACCGCUCCGUCUACAACUACGACAGUUACGACAACUUCCAAGGUUUUUACCAGUUCUGGAGCCGUUUUGAUGAAACCGAAAGUAAUUCCAAGUGAUCAAGAAUCGGCAUCCGCUAUCCAUUCUUCUCGAGUGUCUCCUGAAUCUGGAACUUAUGGGGCACUUGGACCAUUACCCGGGCGCGUUAUAACCAAGGAUAACAUGGUGAUAACUCCUGAAGGAUUGAAAGAAAAGAAGGCUAAACCGAAUCCUCCGCCAAAACCAACAUUCCCGGUACAAGCAGCUCCUUCCGAAACUGAAGUCGUACGAGAAGUGAAGACAGAGCGCGCGUCAAGCCAUCCGUUUGUUCACAUGCAGGAGGAAGUUCCGUUUUCCCGUGCUCCCCUCAAUUUCGAAGAAAAGAAGGAGCGCAAGUCAUCGCUGUCACGGCCCGCGCUGAUUUCCGUUCAAAGCGAGGACAAUCCGGAUGUGCAGAAGUGUCAUCUUUUCAACAGCGACAUUCCGUACACACUGACAAUGCGGAAUGUGGAGAGCACGCAGUCGUUGCCGUACUCGACGUUCAAAGAUCUGGCGACUUCAAAGAAGCAGGGAUACGAGUCGAAUUCUCUGAAGAGGGUGUCGAAAAGUCCCGAGUUCAAACGAAGAAAGUCACUGGAUUUGGUACCACGGAAACGACUACCUUCACCUGGAAACUUCUCGGCUCAAGAUCAUACCAUCUGUCCCACUACCCCAGAUAGUGAUGUUCUUGAAUAUCUCUUGAGACGACGCAGCUUACUCGGAGACAAGUCUGUGAUUAAGACCAAGUCGAAACGGACGGACCCACGACGUCAAACUCAGCCUGUCCGAUUCGAUCUUCCACCAUCGCCUUGUUCGCCAACUGCCGGAGGAUCCACACCGUUUAUUUCCAUUCUCAACGACGAUUUGUUCGAUGAAUGCGUCUCCGAAUCUCGCAGUCUUCACGAAGAUAUGGACCGUUUGGACAAGAAUCAGUCGAUUUCAUCGUUUAUUUCACAAAAAUCAAGGAGAGACUCCGAGGAUAGUGAUGUGAUGCCCCCGCCGCCGCCAGAAGAGAUCCUAAACCAAUCGGUACCUGCUGGAAGGCCUGCACCCCCUCCGCCACCACCCAAGUCCCUGGCCGCCGCCGUCAAAGUUGCCGAGAUGAAGGCUGCUGCUGCCGGGAAACUGAUUUACUUCAGCGGGAACCAAAAAGAAGUGAAGAACAGCGAUUCCCCUCCUUUCAUCGACGAUUCGCCCAAGAACAGCAGUGCUUCUGAUGCUCCCUCCGCCACUCCUCCUCAUAAUAAUCGUCUUACCUUCUCGGACUUUUAA